AUGGCCGUUGACUUGAUUACUAGUUAUGAAGCAGAAAUCAAUCGUCUUAAUCAAUCUAUUCAAAAUCGUGAACAACUUUUCGAUCAGAAUCAGUUAAAUGAUCAAGAAAUGAAGGAACUGGCCGAUGAUAUUUUCCAACGGUGGCUUAUCAAUGAAUUUUUACAACAUCUUCGACAAGAACAAGAACGACGUCGUCAAGCUGCUCAACCAACUCAAUAA